AUGACCUACCAAGUAUACCUGGAAGGAGGUUACGGCGGCGGAGGAGGAGGUUAUAGUGGAGGCGGAGGAGGCGGAUAUGGCGGCGGCUCGAAUGGCUACAGCGGAGGAGGCGGCGGUGGCUACGGAGGUGGCGCUGGUGGUGGCUAUGGCGGCGGUGCUCCCCGCGGCGGCGGCUUCGGUGGUGGUGGUGGUGAUCGCAUGAGCAACUUGGGUGCUGGUCUCAAGUCCCUGCAGUGGGACAUGGCGACCAUGCCCAAGUUUGAGAAGUCUUUCUACAAGGAGUCUCCCCCGGUCGCUGCUCGCACACCCCAAGAGGUCGAGGCUUUCCGUACCGAGAAGCAGAUGCGCAUCCAGGGAACUGAUGUGCCAAAACCCGUUCUCACCUUCGACGAAGCUGGUUUUCCUAGUUAUGUCAUGAACGAAGUCAAGGCCCAGGGCUUCAGUGCUCCCACUGCGAUUCAGUCUCAGGGUUGGCCUAUGGCUCUCUCCGGACGUGACGUUGUUGGUAUCGCUGAGACAGGAUCUGGAAAGACUUUGACUUACUGUCUGCCCGCCAUCGUUCACAUCAACGCGCAGCCUCUGCUUGCACCUGGCGAUGGACCUAUCGUCCUCGUACUUGCUCCUACCCGUGAAUUGGCUGUUCAGAUUCAACAGGAAGUUGCCAAGUUCGGCAAGUCUUCGAGGAUUCGCAACACCUGCGUCUACGGAGGUGUCCCUAAGGGUCCCCAGAUCCGCGAUCUUUCCCGUGGAGUUGAGGUCCUGAUUGCUACUCCCGGCCGUCUGAUCGAUAUGUUGGAGACUGGCAAGACCAACCUCCGCCGUGUCACGUACCUCGUUUUGGACGAGGCCGAUCGCAUGUUGGACAUGGGUUUCGAGCCUCAGAUCCGCAAGAUCAUCGGACAGAUUCGUCCGGAUAGACAGACUUGCAUGUGGUCUGCUACAUGGCCUAAGGAAGUCCGUCAGCUCGCGUCCGAUUUCUUGAACGAUUUCAUUCAGGUCAACGUCGGAUCGCUCGAUCUGUCCGCCAACCACAACAUUCAGCAGAUCGUUGAGGUCAUGAACGACUACGAUAAGCGCGACCGUCUCGUCAAGCACCUUGAGAAGAUUAUGGACGAUAAGGCCAGCAAGUGUCUGAUCUUCACUGGUACCAAGAGAACUGCCGAUGAAAUCACUCGAUUCCUUCGCCAGGAUGGAUGGCCUUGCUUGGCUAUCCAUGGUGACAAGCAGCAAAAUGAACGCGAUUGGGUCUUGAACGAGUUCAAGACCGGAAAGAGCCCUAUAAUGGUUGCUACUGACGUGGCUAGUCGUGGCAUUGAUGUUCGUAACAUCACUCACGUUAUUAACUUUGAUUACCCUAAUAACUCUGAGGAUUACGUUCAUCGUAUCGGUCGUACCGGUCGUGGAGGUGCCAAGGGAACUGCCAUUACGUUCUUCACCACCAACGACAACAAGCAAGCCAGAGAUCUGCUUACCAUCCUGCGUGAAGCCAAGCAGCAGAUUCCUCCGGAGUUGAAUGACAUGGGUCGUGGUGGCGGCUACGGAGGCAACUCCCGCUACGGCGGUGGUCGCGGCGGUGGUGGUGGUCGCGGCGGUCGUGGCGGAGGAGGCGGUGGUGGUGGAGGUGCCGGCGGUGGCUACAACUCCAACAGCGCGCCUCUCGGCCGCACUCGCUUCUAGAUCUGACGUGACUCCAAAUAUCUCGUGGUGUGCCGGAUAGAUUUCAUUUUCCCUGGCGAUUCAUAGACUGGGUUUGCAUGUGCCUUUUGCUCUUCAAAAUUACUGGAUGAUGUGUUUUCUUUCUUUUGUCUUCUCGGGUCAGGGCGCGGUUUGUUGUCAUCUGCUACGGGCAUCUUUCGUUAUGCUCUCGUUUUUUUUGCUGCGUGCUUUGGUAAUGAUGGGGGAUGAUGGGGGGUAACUUUGACUCUUGGCGAGGGGUAUCUUGAUUGUUUGCCUUCAUUUUACGUAGUGGAGGGACAAGGAACAGAUUGUUGAGUCGUUGA